AUGACAGAAAAAGUGGACAUAGUACCAGGAUUGAACGAUGUUUUAUUUAACUGUUUGGAACUUAAGAUGAAAAACUUGAAAGAUGAUGCUAAGGAUAUAGUUCUUUGUGUGGAUGAAAUGGCUAUCAAAACCAAUUUAUUUUAUAAUUUGUCCAAAGAUUAUAUUAUUGGUUUUAAUAAUUCUUACAACACAAAAACCAAUGAAUGUGCAAAACAUGUUUUAUGUUUCAUGAUAAGGAGUUUAAACUAA